CAGUUCGAGUUCGCUUGUUGUUUAGUCACGGCCAAUCACUGGCGCGUUCCACACGAUCGUAUAAGUAAUAUCUGCUUCACUAUCAACAAAACUGAUAUCGUUAUAAUUAGUAAUCAAACUUAACAGUGUUUUGAUAAAACGUUUUUAUCUUUAAAACGAUAUAAAUAAUCAAUUUUUUAAUACAAUUAUCGAAUUCGUAUACAAACAACUAAUGUAGUUUUCCACAGUGCGUCAAUUAAUAAAAAAUAGGUUUUAAAAUGGCUCCAGAUCCGAACAGACGACAAAUUAGCUUCCCCAAACUUCCAUACCCAUUAUACAGAGACGUAGAACCAAAAACUGUUCAUCUAUGGAUCUCAGGAAAACGAAAACAAGAUGGCGCCGAGGGUCUAUGGAGAAUACAUGACAGUAUCUAUGAUUUGACUGAUUUCAUUUCAUCACACCCUGGUGGUUCACAAUGGAUUGAAUGUACAAAGGGAACGGAUAUUACAGAGGCUUUUGAAACACACCACAUAAAUACCGACACAGUCGAAGCUUUACUGCCAAAAUAUUUCAUAAAGAAAGCCGAAACACCCCGGAAUUCACCGUUCACAUUCAAAGAGGAUGGAUUUUAUAAAACUCUAAAGACGAAAAUUGCUGCAAAACUUAAAGAAAUACCACAUGAUGUGAGAAGAAAAAGUGAUAAUGUCACCGAUUUUCUAUUUGUCUGUUUGUUAAUAAUAAGUCCACUUUGUUGCUGGAUUUUGACAAAGAAUUUAUUGUAUGGAGCAGCGGUGACAGUGCUUCUCGGGUAUAUACUAAGUGCAUUAAGUAUCUGUGCCCACAACUAUUUGCACAGGGCGGAUAGCUGGCGCAUGUACCUUAUGAACUUUAGUGGAUUUACAUACUCAGAUUUUCGGAUAUCGCAUUCUUUAUCACAUCACAUGCACACCAACACCGCGAAUGAUUUAGAGUUGAGUUUAUUGGAGCCAUUCCUGCAAUUUUUGCCGAAAGAAGACAAGCCGUUGUGGGCGCAAAUGGGAGCGUUCUUCUAUCCACUCAUAUAUUCAUUCACUGGUAUGAGUUUUAUGGUGAAAGAUAUUGUGGGGUUUUUGAGUAACACAAGCAAGAAAAGGUUAACAUGGGAUCUUUUGCUACCAUAUGUAUGGGUUGUAUGGAUGUGGUGGUUAGGUGGACAAUCCUUGUCGUGGACUAUCGUCGUCUGGAUAGCAACAAUUUUGAUAGCAAGUUUCUUCAUCAUGGUGUUCGGAUUGACAGCUGGUCACCACGCCCAUACUAAUUUCUUCGAGGGAGACGUACCAAGGGGCGAAUACUUAGAUUGGGGCAUACAUCAAAUGGAUACCAUGGUCGAGAGGGUCGAAAACAUGGAAGAUCACUUUAAAUCAAUCACGCGUUUCGGAGACCACGCGUUACAUCAUCUGUUCCCGACGCUAGACCACGCGGAGCUAAAAUAUCUAUAUCCGACCCUCAUAGAACAUUGUGAAAAAUUCGACACUCAGCUUCGGGUGACUACGUUCUAUAAUGCACUGAUAAGCCAUAGCAAGCAGCUUAUAAGGAAAUGGCCGAAUAACUUUAAAGAAAAAUAAGUGAGAAUCUAUCGGUUGAGAAAUUUUGUUUUUAUAUCUUUAGGUUUAAGUAUGUUUUGUAAACACUUUAGGAGACGAAACGUUUAUUAUUAAAAUGUUGAAAUAAAAAUUGAUGAUGUAACCUAACUACAUUGUCGUUAAUGGACUUUAAUAACUCUAUUUUUAAGGUAACUAAAGACUAUGAUUUAAAUACGUAAUAAAAAAGACUUUUUAAUACCAACUUACAUUGUGAUUUAUUGUAUUAUUGGCUGUGGUUUUAAAUAAAGGUGUGGUAGUAUCUUUAUUGAGAAUAAAUAUUUUCUAAUUUUCUAA